CUACGCUGAGAGUUAGCCGUUCGCUAUCGUGACAGUACGUUUUAAAGCGUGUCUGCCGCGGCUCGUGCGUACCGUGCUUUCGUGAUGUCUAGGUGGUGGAUAGUGGUGCUGCUAGCGACCGGAGCGGCGGCGGCCGGCGGCCGCUUGCCCCGAACUUCGCCGCCGGCACCGCCGCCUGCGCCCUCCCCGGCGCCCAGGCUGCCGCAAAGGAAUCUCACCCUAUCGUCACGAUCUUCUGUCAGAAACAGGGAGCAGUAUAUAUUUAACGUAUUCGAAGUAAUAGUUAGUACUUUGGAAACGAAACUUCAACGAAUAGAAAAUCUUGAUAAAGCUGUAGAACAUCUAAUGAGAAGAGUUGAAGCUCUGGAUUCGAGAGUAAAUGACAAUAUUCACAAAACAGAUGCUAUCAUAUCAAAAUUGGGUAACCUCGACUUUAAGCUUUUUAGCCACAUCGGUCAAGAUGAAGACGAAACCUAUACAGAAAACACAACUACAAAAAGACAAAACGAAAAGAAACUAAGUAACACUCAAUUACUUGACAGGAAAUUAGAAUCUCUUGAUCAAAAAGUUUCAGAUAUUGAUACUAAAUUAGUAGGACUUAAGAACCAGAUAGAUAAUAACUUCUUACCGGUAGAUGAUAUCAACGCAGAAGCAAGCGAGAAAAAGCCAAUAAAUCUGAAUGUAGUAGAGAUCGCAAAAAGUCUUAAUUCAGAAGUUAUUAACGAAAUUACAAAAGAAGUGGACCAAUUACGAACUUCAAUGUCAACUGUUGACCGUAAAUUACAAUUUCACAUUAAUCUUGUUUCCGAAAACCUAGGCAAAGUGCUGUAUAUGAUGGCGGAUGUACACGCCGCAGUUGUAGAGCCCGAAGCGGCUUCAAUCAAUGUCAACAGUCUGUUCAAAAAUCGAACUACUACUAGCACACAGUCACCAGUAACAAAGGCCAGCAAGAUAGAUACUCUUGUAAAUAAAAUUAUACCAAUGAUGAGUGUCUCAGAAAAAAUGGACGAAGUAUGGGAUGUCGUUGUGGGAACAAAGAGUUCAGUCGAUGAUUUAGUGCCAAAAUCGGACGAGCUACUUACUCAGACACAACGACAAGAGCGUGCUAUUGGUCAGAUUCAUAACGACUUGAGAGUGAAGACUAACUUGAUCAUAGAAAAUUUGGAUAUGGUAGAGAAGAGGUUGAAAAAGCAAGAAGAUGACGUAGCAACAUUAGCCCAACGGCCAGUAGCUGCUGAGCUGCUUUUGGACCCCACUAUUGACCGACUAGUCGAGUACGCACCAAACCGAUAUCGCGUAGACGAUCCAUCCACAGACCCCAGUACUAGCACCAUGGCUGCUACUACGCCUCCGCCCUCGUCCACAGUAAACAACAGUCCGAGCAGCCCGAGUGGGUGGAGCUCAAGCGCGACAGUAACAGUGACACCGUCGAGCGGCAGUUCCAGCAACUCCAACGGGUCCGGCAGUACCACCAGCCCACGACCCGCCAGCCGCAAGGGCGGUAUCAUCUUCCCUAGUGUCAAGAACAAGCCCAUCAUCGGCAAUAAUACUUUCGCAUCAGAAAUCGUCGCCAACUAUAAAGACGUGAAAGGUUACUCGUGCGUCGACCUCUUGAAUGGUGGCAUGAGGGAUUCUGGUGUGUACUACUUGCAGAUUAGAGGCACCACUUAUUGGUUCCUGAAAGUUUACUGUGAGCAAAGCAUCGCGGAUGGGGGGUGGACUGUUAUACAUCGACGUGAUGACUUCGGCGUCCCCGCAGAGAACUUCAACAGGGAUUGGAGCGACUACAAAAACGGCUUCGGGGACCCCAGUAAAGAGUUCUGGCUUGGCAACGAAAAUAUAUACAUGCUCACUAACAACGACGAUUACAUGCUUCGAGUCGAACUCGAGGACUUUGAUGGUAACAAGAGAUAUGCGCAGUAUUCGCACUUCAAAAUCUACUCAGAAGCGGAAUACUACAAACUAGAGAUAGAUGGAUACGAAGGCAAUGCAGGUGACUCCCUAAACGACCCCUGGUACGGGUCUAACAACAGCCCCUUCUCUACCUACAAUAGAGACAAUGACAGAUCUUCCCUAAACUGCGCAUCAAUGUUGAAGGGUGGAUGGUGGUGGAAGUCGUGCGGUCGUGGCCUCAACGGAUUAUAUCUACACGACCCGCAGGACCUAACUGCCAGACAAGGUAUAGUAUGGUUCCGCUGGCGAGGUUGGGAUUACACGCUGAAACGCGCGUCCAUGAUGAUUAAGCCGAAAGGACUCCAGCCAGUCACGUGAGCGCUGUCGCGCCAAUAUCACACUACACUUAUACCAGCCUCUGUUCGCUCAUUACGUGGAUUCAAUUUUAUUGUGAUUCUUUAGCGUCAAAGAGGACAGCAAAUGCGAUAAUAUUACAUUUCGCGUUCACAAAUUUUUCGAUCAUACACCCGAGCGAAUCGCGUAUGCUUCUUAAAGAUAUCUUACGAUUUCUAUAUUUUAACUGAGGUGAAAUUUUAUGCAACGAUUCGCGAAUAUUUUUGUUGAAACUUAUUCGAAAAUUAUUUCGUUAUCUGAAGUUGUAACAUUCGAUCAGAUACGUACAAUCUAAUAAAAAACUGUGAUACUUGGAAUUUACAUUGUCCAAGACUCAUCAUUCACAUGCAAAUUUUCAUAUUACAUAUCUACUCAUUUUAUAUAACACGGCGAAAUCUCUGUGAAUCCAUGCAAUGACAUAGAACAUGGUAGGCAGCUGAACGCUCAAAAUGUACCUAUAGAUAUAUAUCUGUAAAUAAUUCUCUUUACUCAUGCGACACCGUGCGGUUUCUCCUUCUUAAAAGUUCAAUGAUGUAAAUAACAGUAAUACUAGUAUAUUACCUACUGUCAACGUGCCACAUCACACAAAUUCAUUAAUUUAUUACUCAUUUAACCUUGAUACAUAAAAUCUUCGUUAAUUAGGUUUAUAAUUUAGAUGUAAGAUAAAAUUGUAAUAAGAUGUAAAUAAUUAAUUUUACGCAGCGAUUAAUAGAUGCAAUAAAAUGACGGUGCCCAUACAGAUAAUUUACUCUUUCACCUUUUCUUUGGGGCUAUCUAUAUUAAAAUUAUAUUAUGUAUAAGAUUGAAAUUUUUUGACAUUUAUUUAUGUACAAUUUUAAAGGAAAUUUAUUUAAAAUGCGUUCAAAUGGUUCGCUUUAAAACUAACCUAUGCAAGUAUUCUGUAAUGUUAGAAUGUUUCUUUAUACAUUAUUUAACAUAAACUAUAGACACACGCACUUUCCUAUUAUUAGCACAUAAAUUAAAUGUACCUGAUAAGUAUCUGCCACAAGUACGUCAUAUAAUAAGUAUACUUAUUUAUACUUUUAUAUAAUAUCGCUAUACUUAUUUCAUUGUUUAUAAAUUAGUUUUAUAAGUAAAAUAAUGACGAAGCGUAAAUAUCGUGUGAAAGUAUAUUUAUUUUUGUAUCAAAAACGCGCCGAAAUAAACACUGCCAGAGAUUAUUGUAAACGUGUAAAUUAUUUUAUAUAAAACAUGGACACAAGCAAUUAAUAUAAAACAACCAAGCGAAACUGGUGAUUAUCAAUAAACUACUAAAUGGCUGUUUUUGAACGAUUGCUUGUUGUGUAUGUAAUGGUUGUGUAACUGCAUACAGUUCGGUUAUACUCGUACAUGUAUUAUUGAUAGAAAAUAAAACUAUAUUAUUUUUCA